ACGGCUUUGUAUUCUUGGUGCUGCAAGACCGUAUCUCUACAGUGACGGAAGCCAAUAUCAACUUCAGGUUGGGUAUAGCGGGGUUAACGCAUCUGCAACGAAGCAGUACAAACGAAAUUCUGGACAAACACUCAAGAAAGUUCUAGUAGAGCUUUGGUCAAUGGAGCCUGACCUCCGAGACCCAAAAAUGUUAUCAGACCUACACGGAGUUGAGGUAUCUCCGUGUACUCAUAACACCCAGCGAGUUUCCUUAGCAUACCUCCUUGGUUUGGAUUGUAUGGCCUCGUUGUUGUCCGGCUUCAGUUGGAAAUCCGAACAGUACAAGAACGAACAUUUUGAAACACUCAAAGAUCAUUCUCGAGAACUGCGGCAAUUAAAUUCCGAAUUCCGUGAACAGUUCGAGCAAGCAGUUAUGCUUUGCCUCAAAAUGUUAAGCAAGACCGGGGUAGACCGGAAAGACAACAAUGCUUUCACGGUUUUCCUAUCGUCGGCAUGUACACCGAAGCCAGAGCUCGCCACUCUGGUAGCGACCGAGCACAACUGGAUUGGACUUUUGAAAGACACCGCUACCGAUUGUGCUAUGGCGGCUUUCGGAGACCAGUGCUUGGAGUUCAAGCACAAUGGCGGAGCUACGUGUGGUGGGGUUGGCAAGUCAGCUUUUCUGACGGCUCUUGUACCCAACGGACUUUCAGAAUCCCCUCUCAAGGCAAAAAUCGGGUCAACAGACGCCCCGGAUUCCGCCACGUGGGCUUGGAGCUGGGAUCUGGAGAAGUUGCAGGUCGGAGAGGGCUUUUGGCUUGGUGAGCGGGGAACAUUGCGAGUGAAGGGUCGAUUGGCGAGUGGUGUUCUGGUCACGGAAUGGCAGCCUUCACGGCUGAAAAGCGCUGUGAAGUUGUUUGUCGGGAAGGAGUAUCCACAUCGAGAAUAUGCUGAAAUUGAUCAGAGUGGAGAGGGAGGUGUAAAGCCCAUUCCUGUGGUUGUUAUUUCGGACCGCGCGAGGGUAGGGAGGAAAGGUGGGUCGGCUUUUAUUCGUGUGGUAGGGUGGGGAAAGGGGGUCGCGAAGGAGGAAGAGAAGUGAAUCGAUUUCCAGAAGGGGAGGGAGGCGAAAUGCACUCCUUCUUGUGGACCACAGUACUAUGUUCGUGAUGUGGUAUGAUAAUGGGAGUAUUGGCUCAGAGAGUGGUUCACGAAGGUGAAGGGAAUGAUGAUGACUGGAAAAUCUUGGAUGAAGACGGA